GUAGAGUAUUUUACAGGUCAUGGUUAUAAAUAUACGCAUGGAGAAGAAGAAAAUUAACACGAAAAAAAUCUAAACCCGAUUUCUUUUUUCUUCUUCCCAUGGACGCCAAUAUCAUUGUCAUAUUAUUUGGAAUGUUCAUUUUCAGUUUCUCCAAAUUUGGAAUUGAAGGUAGAAGAGUUGUCACUGAGGGACGAUUAAGGUAUUCAACCGCAAAGACCAUCCACGGUGAUAUUUACGAUUGCGUCGACAGGACGAGCCAGCCCGGUUUUAAGGAGGCAGCCUUGCUUAAGACCUUGCAGAGGUUCAACAAUCAGUCAGUCAACGUUACUUCAAAGCAUAAAGGUUUCGACUUGGAUAAAAUCUGGGAAGGGAAACGCUGUCCCACUGGAACGGUGCCGAUUCCACGAAAAACUGGAAACAUUAACCCAAUCCCCAUUCCGACGCUGAAUCAAUCCCUUGCCUAUCAGGGUGGAACUGAAUUUGCAGGAAUUGUCGUAAAUCAACCCGGCCUCACAGGAGCAUAUGCUCAGAUAGCUUUAUGGAAUCCCCAACCAGUCAAUCCCGGUCAAUUUAGUGCCGCUUCAAUAUUAAUUGAAAAUGGACUAGAUGUAAUAGAAGCCGGAUGGAUCGUACAUCCAGAUCUCUAUGGCGAUACUCGAACUCGAUUAUAUACUGCUUGGCGAAGUGCAAGAGGAGGUUCCUAUAAUACGGAUAAUCCGGGAUUCAUACUUUUCAGUGAUGAAAUUCCUUUAAAUUAUGUUUUUCCACGAACGUCUAAUAAAGCAAAAGAGCGUGAUCAAUUUUCCCUAAUGAUUCAAGUGGGAGAUGUGGCUGGAAACUGGUACUUGACCGUGAAUGAUAUUGAUCUUGGUUAUUGGAGAGCUGCGGUUGUCCCAAAUUUGUCUAAGUCCGGAACUACGAUCCGAUUUGGAGGCCAGGUUUACAAUCAUCCCCCUGUUCAACAAGAUAGCCCUCCGAUGGGAAGUGGAACUUAUGCCGGUGAUAAUCCGACAAAAACUAAUUAUAUGCAGCAUGUUACCGUUCUUCUAAAUGAAUUUAAGCCUCCACCGAGUUAUCAAAAAGUGGAAUCCCGUUGUUACUUCACUGGUUCAGAUGGAUAUCAUGGAUUGAAUGGGAUCGACGCGUUUCAUUUUUUAUUUGGAGGAACAGGUGGACAUGAUCGUACCACUUGCUAUUACUGA